AUUUCAGUUGAGCGCCUACAAAUCAACACCGUGCGAAUGGCCAAUGCCAGAAAGGGAUCGCAAUAAUGAAAAACGUCAUUGCCGAUUCAGAGGACGAAUCCUCCGACUGGGAUAAUUGGCCAUCAAUCGCCAAACAAUCGGAUGCACCAGAUAAGCGCCAUACUGAGCAACCAACUGCAGCUCGCGCGAGUAAGAAGCGUCAAAAUUAUGAGUCAGAAACGGGAUUGUCAUCUCGCUCUGGCUCGGAUGCGAAGCGUCAGAAGAUAGCAAAAUCGAAGCAUGGCUCUGUCGAUAAUGGAGAUGGUUCCGAUGAAUCAUUUCUCGAAAUGAGCUGGUUAGAUGGCCAAAGCGACGAGAUGGUUGCUGUCGCAUGCAAUGAAUAUCGCACUGAUGAAGCUACCACAAAUCGCCCGGUAUCUGACCGCGCAGGCACACCAAAUGGAAGCCCUCCUGCCCAUGUUUUGCAGUGGCAUAAAGGGCUGACGAAGUCGAAUGGAAAUCAAUCUUUAGACGACCACUCAACCAACCCAAUCGCUGAGAGCGAAGACAUCCCUCAACCGGCACCGACGACUAUGGACCUUCUUCAGACAGUUCCUGCGACCGAUAGCAUCUUAGGAGCAUGGCAGACUACGGGUUCUAUGAGGGAUCAAUUCUUCAACCACGAGCCUAUGACCUUGUUUCCUGACCAACCAAGUACAGUGAGCAACGGCACACUCACGCAGCAGCAGCUGUAUGGGGAUCAUCGGAUAGAAGCUACUAAUAACGCUGGAACGCUGGGAGACCGGCGAGUAUCGGAUUCCACAUCCUUUCCUUGGUCCAGCUACAUAAAGUCUCCUACUCUUCCAUCCCAACAGCAAGCCAGCACCGCUGGGUCAAUUGGAGGCAACGCAGGCAACGAUAGGGAGUCUGUAGGUUUGGUUCUCACAUCACAAGCCGAUAAUCACAACCUCGACUCGGCUAUAUGGGGAAGUAUGAAUCAAGGUGGAUCACAGAAUGGAUCAGUACUUGUGAACACACCAACCCUGGGAGACUUUGAGCCUGAAGUGUCGCCUCCAAACGGGGAUCGGUUCCAGUCGAAUAUUUUGCCAACUCAAGCAAAAGCAAGCCAGGAUAUGGAUGUACCAGGCCAUUCCGCGACCGAACCUUUCGAAAAGAAGAACGAGAUAGACGGCCCGACCGCUCACGCUUCGGAUUCAAGCUAUGGUGACAUUCCAUCCGAUGAAUUAAUCGGCCUGCCCAAAGAGCUUUACAAUCCCCGACCUAGCCGAUCGAGAUCUAGCAAAGUCUCCAAAGAGUCGAUUGAUUUCUCGGUAAGACCCGAAAAUGCCAAGAGAGAAAAGUCUCGAAAGAAAGCAAGAUCCCUCGGCCAUCUUAUCUCACCAAAGCAGCAUGACUCAGAUCAUAUGGACGGUGCGGUCGAGGAAACCGGGCCACGGAGCGCAUCAUCUGGACCGGGCCACAAGAGUCGAUUCGCUGCAGACCAUGAAGAGGGAGCAGCCCAGCAGAGAGCUUAUGUUGAGAUCACACACAAACGCAAACCAAGUCAACAGACAGAACAGCUAGAGGGGCCCAAGCGUAAGAGAGGGAAGACGCGGAAGACCAAGAGCGCACCAAUGCUCCCAUCUUCGGAACUCAUGGUAUCUGAGCCAAACCCAAACCAACUCAACUCAUCAGAAGCAAAAGUUGAGGAUUCCGCUGCGAAAGACGAGGAAGCUAUCGAUGUUCAAGAGAAGGCGACCACAGAAAAUGGAACGGGAGAGAAAUCAGAGGCACAAGCAAUCCUUCAACAACCGCCUCCUGUCGACGUUCAGUCCCCUAAGAAGAGAGGUCGCGGGAGGGCUAAAAAACCCGCGGAGACCGGACAUGUCCAAGUGCAUCGGGAUCUGGACCUUCCGCCUGAAGGUGCUAAUAUUCAAGAAGAAGCGACAGCGGCAAAUGACCAGGCCCUGCGAGAGAAGACUCCGAACAUUGCUCAUCAUGAUCCUGAGACUAAUGAAGAGAAGUCGACCUCUCCAGAAAAGAAGAGCGAGCCUGGAAAAGCAAAUGUGGCACACACUCUGGAGAAAGGCACAAAGCCAUCGGAUCGUCUCGCCCAGUCACCUCUUGGCAAGAGCAAAGUUCCAUACCGUGUUGGACUGAGCAGGAGAGCAAGGAUUACUCCGUUGCUUCGGGUUGUGAGGAAAUGAGAUGAAAGCCACAAAGGCAUGGAAGCGUGAGAGAAUGCGGUAGGUGAGGCGCAUAAAUCGGACAGCAAAGUGUGGGCGAGUUUACAACUUCAAACGAUGCUAUGGCUUAUCACGGAACGUGUAUAUUAUACCUAACACAAGGACAUGAUAAGGACGGAAUCCUUAGACUAGAAACAGACAGAAGGCUACAGUGUGCUAUACCUACAUUCAG